GUCUGAGAGACAUGGUUGAUUAAUGAUCGAGUUGAACUAUUCUCUGUUGCCCUGUUGGUGAAGUUAAAUAAAAACAAAAAAAAAAAAGAAGAAAACAGAGACAAAAUCUAGGAGGCAACCGGGAAACCUGACUCGGUUUUACAACCAAAGCUGGGAAAAAGGAGUGAUCUUUUGGGUGAAGUGUUGAUGGGCUUAUGAUUUUUAUGUGGAUUGUAAUGGUGGGUUUUGCUCCGUAGAUUGAAUUAAGUAAAAAGAGAAAGUUGAAGGAGUUUUAUAUACUCGUAGAAAUGGGGAGGCCAUUAUUUUAUGAGAUAUUGGAGAAACCAGCGACAAGUUGUAUAAUAGGAAUAUGUAGUGUAAUAUGGUUUUACAUACAGAAGAAAAACAUCGGUUAUCAUCAUGUGGGUUUAAGUUAUGAAACCGCAGUCGAAGGGCACCAUUGGAGGAUAAUUACUUCAGCUUUUUCACAUAUCAGUGUUAUUCACCUUGUUUUCAAUAUGAGCGCCCUUUGGAGUCUUGGGAUUGUGGAGCAAUUAGGGCAUUUGGGUCUUGGAGUGGCGUAUUAUCUUCAGUAUACUCUUGUUUUGGUUGUAUUAUCGGGUCUGGUUGUGUUGGGAAUGUACCAUUUCUUAAUUCAGCGAUUUAAGAUUGAGUAUUUCCGGCGAGUGACAGCUGUUGGGUAUUCUUGUGUUGUUUUUGGGUGGAUGACAAUUUUGUCUGUGAAGCAACCUUCAUCAAAGUUGGAUCUUUUUGGAUUUCUUUCACUUCCUAUUAGUUUUGCACCUUUUGAGUCAUUGAUUUUCACUUCAAUCAUUGUUCCGCAAGCUAGUUUUCUUGGACAUUUAUCUGGAAUUAUUGUUGGGUAUGCUAUAGCUUGGGGUUUGAUUCAUGGGAUGACUAACUAUUGGGCAGUUUCCAUGCUGGGAUGGGUUGCAGUUGUUUUUGUAUUCAGUUUGAAGCGUUCUGGUGCAUAUGAUUUCAAUUUUCUCGAGAUUGAAUCUGUUACAGAUCCUUCAUUGCCUUCUCUUCGGUUUAUUGGAAAUGGUAGAACCUUGCAGAUGAGUACAAUUCCAGUUGAAGGAGUUGAAAUUGUUUAGUCCAUUUGUCAAGACCUUGCCAUUAUAUGUACAAUGUAGGCAUAAAUUAUUGAGUCAUCCCUGGACAAUACUCUGUGAUUGUGCUUUGCUGGGCUACACAGUAAAUUGAAAGUUGGAACAACCGGGAUAUUCUUGGUCAUUAGAUGUUUCAGAUUCAUUGCUUUCCUCUGCUGUGAUCAGACAAGUUUCCAGGUCUGCUUUUAAACUUAUAAAUAUGUUACAUGAAUUUCUUUGCUGCCCAAUGUGGGUUGCAAGUUACUGAUCAUCAUUGCUCACUUACGCAAAGCUUAUUGUUUUUUUAGUGAUAGUUUAAACUUAAAACAGUUUCCAUUCUCUUCUACCAUUCUUCUAAGACAUGGUGAAAAAAAUUGUUUACAAUGUUGAAAUUCAAAUUCAUCGACAGUUUAUAUAAUUAUUGAAUAUCUUGAUGGAGAAAAGUGAUGUAUUUAUUUAAAUUUUGUUUCUAGAUUCAGUUAAAUCCAGAGUUCUCUUGGUAGGAAAUAG